GGCCCAAACGCUGGAUAUCCCCAAGAAUCUCGUGAGCGUCAUAGCGAAUUGGGUGGUGUGAGCAGUGCCGACACCCACACACCACUCACCACUCACCACUCCAGCGCCCUUGCCUCGUCAGUCACCGCAAGAUAAACACAGUGAGCCAGCCAUGAGGAUCGGAGACAAACUGGAGAAUCUCAACCCUCAGGUGUUUGCCGAGGCGGACCAGCGCAAGGAGAACCCCUCAGACUGGGACGACACAGUGAGGGACCCUGUUGAUAGCAGGGAGGUGUUCGACUUGAUCCGUGGCAUUCGUGACCCAGAACACCCCCUCACUCUGGAGCAGCUCAAUGUGGUCAGCGAGGAGCAGUGUGAGGUGGAUGAUGCAGGGAACCAUGUCAAGGUGCUCUUCACUCCCACAAUCCCCCACUGCAGUAUGGCUUCCCUCAUUGGCCUUAGUGUGAGACUCAAGCUGCUCCACACACUUCCCUGCAGGUUCAAGGUGGAUGUGGUCAUCACCCCCGGGAGUCACACCUCGGAGGCCGCCAUCAACAAACAGCUGGCAGACAAGGAGCGAGUGGCAGCUGCCUUUGAGAACCCAGAUUUGCUCUCUGUGGUGAACAAGUGCAUUGCUCCACGCCCCUUGGCUGCCUCUGUGGGCUAGUGCUGGGCUCCAGGGUCAGGGUGGAGCUGGAAUUACUGGUGUAAAUAAGAUGGAGUUAUUGAUAUUGAGACAUGAGUUUAUAUAGGGAAUGUUACUGUGUGUAAUGAUUAAUGUGAUUGGAGUUGGAUGAAGGAAAUGUGGGUAAUAAUUAUGUUGGUUCUUUAUGUUGACUGUUGGUUCCUGCCCUCAAGAUGCAUUCUUUCCCUAGUGAGCCACACAACCUUAGUUUAAUCUGAAGUGUCAGUAUUGUACACAUUACAAGCUGGUGCCUUGUAACAUGUGCUGCAGAUUCAUGAGUCAGAAAUGUUUUGCUCCAUGUAUACCGAGGUUGUCUUUAGUAAAUGCAGGACAGAUAGCUUAUGUAUCAAGUCUGCAUCUCCUCAGGUGGCAAAAUUAUUGAUGUCGGGUAUAAAAGUAGUGAUAGGCAAGGAGUAAAUCUCAGUACUAAUAUGUAGCAAGAAAGUGAAAAGUGAGUUACCCCAGUGUGCAUCCAGGAUCAUUAUUUCGAGUGUGACAGCCAAUUGUUUAUUUUAUCUUGCUUAAUUAACAUAAGCUUACCAAGUGCCUGAGCCAGAGUGAGUGUUGUGGUGCAGGUUAUUCCCUUGUGUACCAGCACAGGAAGGCAAGUUUGAUGAUUUUAAUUGUAAUAUUUCUUUAUAAAGGGUGUAGUAUAGAUUCCUGGGGAUGUUUGAGGAGGAAGUGUCAUUCAUUUUAAAUACAAAAUGUUAAAUGUACAUAUGCACUUUGAGAUGGUUAGCUGUGGUGUGGAAUUCAAGUGUGGUCUGGCGACAGAUGCAGCUUAUAGAAAUCUUGACAAAAUUCCUGUAUUUAAAAUUUCAGAUCCUCACCAUGGUACCAUGAUACCUGCCUGACCUAUUGCCUGGCCACACUUGAAUCUCAUGCCACAGCUUUAACAACGCCUCAAAAUGCACAUGUACAAGGAACGUUUUCACUCAGAGCAGCCUUUACUUUCAACUGAGGCAAUAUCAGCAGAAAUUUGUGUUAUGGCCUGUGUUUAUUUCUUCAGUGAGGGAAUAGAACAAAAACCACUUGGUGCAAUAGUAUUCAGAGACAAAUACUUGUAUCAUUACCUUUUUUACUCAGUCACAGCAAGAGGAAACAUUCCCGAAGCACAUUUUUGUGUCACACGUCACUAAGCCUUUGUGUUACCCAGGGGUGCUGUGACCUCCCUUCCUCUCAGCUGUGUAGUCACCACACAAAGUGAACACAGAAGACACUAUUUGUUAGCAACACUGUUCUUAUGUUGUGUUAGAGAGAAGGGUUUUGAGAGUACAGCAAGACAACAGGAGCUGAGUUAGGUGUACAGUGAGGCAGCAGGGAACACCACCGUUGCCUUCACUUGUCAUGCUUGACUAAAAGUUCGUGUUUGGUGGCACAUUUUAUAAUUAAUGAUGAAUUACUUACAUAGUUAACUUUUCCUUAAGACAAACAUGAGUAUAUUAUUGCAAUCAAAAUACAUACCUUUAAGAGUCAUGUUUAUACAUAAUGUACAUAUUGUAACAGUCUCACCUGUGCAUCACUUGUGUGUAUGUGCACUGAAUGAGUAUGUGGCAGCAAGUGUUGGUGCCAUGAGAAGCCAGAGAGGAAUGGUGUUGGUGGUGAGUCAGGACAGGAGGCAGUGAUGCAUAGGGAGGUUCAUCACCAGUGUGGCCCAGAGGCUCACUGCUCAGUUGGAGUCCACAUUACUUGAUUCCAUAUGUAAUAUAUAACAUUACUCAAU